AUGAUAAAACUCUCACCUCAUUCUGACUGGAGCCCUGUAAACGUGACCCCGCCCAGCCAGAGCAUUAUGGCUGCUGGCCGUUGCCGUGGUGACGGCGGUCCCUUUCCCCCCCCGCAGCCGGCCGUGAUGGGGGGGGCGGUCCCUCGCUGCCCCCCCUGUGGGGGCGUGGUCAAGCCCGACAUCGUCUUCUUUGGGGAGGAGCUGCCCCCCCUCUUCAUGAAGAGCCUCACCGACCUGCCCCUCGCCGACCUGCUGGUCGUCAUGGGAACGUCACUGGAGGUGAGAUGCAUGCUGGGAAACAUCAGAGGUCCAGUCCGAUUGGAAAUUAACCGGGAGCCGUUCGGGCUGCCCAGGACACAGAAGCAAAAGAAGAAGAGUGAGCGGUUUCAGGAGGCAGAAGAAGAAGAAGAGUGA